ACACAGUCAGUCGACGCCAGUUAGUCGAAGCGUGGUGAUUGUGCACGACCGAUGUAUUUUAUCGCGUUGCGAUUUGUUGAUUCCUUUCGUAUUAAAGAUAGCAGCUGAUAAGCGAACGAAACGCGAUUGUGCACACAUGAGGUUAAUUUCGUGUAGAUAGUCGAACCAAACCGGUGGCUGGCAGCCGGUUUUCCGUGAUUGUCAUCGCGCGACAUGAUCGUGCAUCACGAUGAUGAGAAGAAAUGUAGUGAGCCUGAUAAAAUUCUUCCUGCUGGCAGCGUUCACCGUUUUCCUAACCGUCGUUGUGUUCCGGUACGUGAGGACAUCGCCUAACCAUGAAACCGCGACGCCGCCGGCCGUCGCGUUGCCGGCCGUCGACGGUGACAGCUCGAGGAAUUUGAUCGAUCCUAGGCAGAACAUCAACGAUCAUCUCUAUCAGGAUGGAGAUGAGAAGAUAGAUUGGCAUGAUUACAAGAAGAUCGAGGAAGAAUCGAAGAGAACUGGAACAGGGGAACAUGGAAAGCCAGCAUUUCUUUCGCCAUCCCUCGAUAUGUUGAAAGAAAAAUUGUACCAAGUAAACGGUUUUAAUGCUGCGUUGAGCGAUGAAAUCUCGAUGAAUAGGUCGAUACCUGACAUUAGGCAUCCGGGUUGUAAAAAGAAGAAAUAUUUGAAGAAUCUCGACUCUAUAUCUGUGAUCGUCUCAUUCCAUAACGAGCAUUUUAGCACGUUGAUGCGCACUUGUUGGAGCGUGAUAAAUCGGUCGCCGGAAUCGCUCCUCGAGGAGAUAAUAUUGGUUGACGAUGCUAGCACCAAGGUAGAAUUAAAGAAGAGCCUACACGAUUACGUAGCCGAACACUUGCCGAAAGUGAAAAUUCUAAGACUGCCGGAACGCUCCGGAUUAAUCAAAGGUCGACUAGCCGGUGCGAAGGUCGCGAAAGCGAAAGUACUCGUGUUCUUGGACUCCCACAGCGAGGCGAAUGUCAAUUGGCUGCCACCUCUGUUAGAACCGAUCGCGCAAAAUUACAAGACCUGCGUCUGCCCGUUUAUCGACGUGAUAGCAUACGAAACGUUUGAGUACAGAGCUCAAGACGAGGGCGCGAGAGGGGCUUUCGAUUGGGAAUUGUAUUACAAAAGAUUACCACUUUUACCCGAGGAUCUCCAAAACCCGACUGAACCGUUUAAGAGCCCAGUAAUGGCCGGCGGCCUGUUUGCCAUUAGCGCUAAAUUCUUCUGGGAACUGGGUGGAUACGAUCCGGAGUUAGAUAUAUGGGGAGGCGAACAGUACGAGCUAUCGUUCAAAAUUUGGCAAUGUGGCGGCCAAAUGUUCGACGCUCCCUGUUCGAGAGUCGGUCACAUUUACCGCAAGUUCCCACCAUUUCCGAACCCGGGCAAAGGAGACUUUCUGGGCAAGAACUAUAAAAGAGUCGCUGAAGUAUGGAUGGACGAAUAUGCGGAAUAUAUCUACAAACGGCGACCGCAUUACAGGGUGUUGGAUCCUGGAGACUUGAAGCAGCAAAGAGAGUUGAGAGCUAAAUUGCAUUGCAAACCGUUCAAGUGGUUCAUGGAGAACAUCGCUUUCGAUCUCGUGGACGUAUAUCCUCCCAUCGAACCUGAUGAUUUCGCGUCUGGGGAAAUACGUAACAUGGGUGUGCCGGAACUGUGCCUGGACUCGAAGAAACGAAAAAAAGACGAACUAGUCGUGGUCGAUGUCUGUAAGAAGGAUAAUGUGAUGAUCAUCGGUGAACAGGAGUUUAAAUUGACUUGGCACAAGGACAUCAGGCCGAAAGAUCGUACGGAGUGUCUGGACGUGUCCAGAGGCGGCACGAAGGCUCCGGUGAGCUUGUAUCCUUGUCACGGUGGCCAGGGGAAUCAACUCUGGCGUUACAACAUCGAGAAACAAUGGGUGAUGCACGGAUAUUCGUCCAGGUGCCUGGACAUGGAUCCUGCCGGCAAGAAAGUGUUCGUAACUAACUGCGAUUCGUCUUCUCCUACGCAGAAGUGGAGAAUCGAGAAGGUGAACAUGAAAGCUAUUAACAAUUGGGAUAACGUGGGACCGAAACGACACUAAUUGAGCUGUCUCUUAUUGCCACAGUUUUUCUUAUUCCUAAUCUUGAAGCGACUCUAAUUUCUAGUUUACUUGUAUAUAAUAUAAAAGUGCGUUACACUUUCAUUAACUAGUCAUUUAAAAAUUGUGAUUAAUUGAGAUUUGAUCAUUUUCCAUUGAGGCACGUGCAGGGCGUCCAUAAUUAUUGAUACUUGUUCGUACUUGUUUCAAACAUUACGAGAUUCAUUAUUUUUAACAAUGCCUUGAAGUAUUUCGAUUCAUGCAUUUUUUAACGCAUUUAUAAUAUAUCGAUGUAAAUAUUGUACGAACCCUCUGUUGUGCCUUAAACGUGUAGCCACAUUUAAAACGUUAUAAAAGGUGCAGUUAUAAUUACGACGAUUACACUACAAACUUCGCUUCAGUGCUCAAUUUUUUAUCUACUAAAAUACAUUUUCUAUUAUAUUAUUAACGUACAUAUAUAUAUAUACAUAUUGUAUAUACUUAAGAAUUAUAUGAGAACUGAAUGCAAGACACAAAAUUUCUUUAUUGCCAAAUUUUCGGAACCGUUAAUUAAUUAAGUUUU